CCGCCAUUGUGCCCAUCUCAGAUGCUGCUGAGCAGCGUUUAUGGAGUUACGGUGUAAUAUUUCUGCGGCAACAUCCCACGACCUUUUUUUUUGUCCUUCGUCCUUCUCUCUCCUCCGCCGCCCAGCCUUCCCGGCUACCCGAGCCGGUGACGCCUCUCUAUCAAGCCGUCCGCCGCCGUUCGCCCACCAUGUCGUCGUCCGAUCCGCACAGAAACCCCGCCGAGGAGGGCGACGAUUUGGAGCCAGAGCUGCUCGCCGAGGAUGACGUGCAGGAGAUACUUGACGGCGAGGACGCCGAGGGCGAUGUGGCUAUGGGCUCCGACGACGAGAGAGAGGAGAUCCUGCUGGAGAACGACAGCAUCGCCUACUUUGACGGCCACAAGGACUCCGUCUUCGCCAUCGCCCAGCACCCGCUGUACCCCAGCCUGAUCGCCACCGGCGGCUCCGAGGGCGAGGACGAGGACGCGCCGGGUAAGGGCUACGUGAUCGACACAUCUGCUGCCGUCUCGCGCCCCGUGCUGCCGCCGAGCUACAACUCGGACCCCAGUUCCGCGCAAUCCCCGCAAACGAUCGCGCUCCAGUCCCUCUUCUCCAUCGACGGCCACUCCGACAGCGUCAAUGCCAUAGCCUUCACCCUCCCGCGCGGCGAGUUCCUCGUGAGCGGCGGCAUGGACGGCCGCGUGCGCGUCCACGCCGUGACAGCAACCCCGACCCCCUCCGGCGCCGUCUCUGCGCAGUUCAAAUUCCUCGCCGAAUCCCGGGAAACCGAGGAAGUCAUCUGGCUUGCCCCCUGUCCCUCGCCCGACUACCCCAACACCAUCGCCUACGGCGCAUCCGACGGCUCCGUCUGGGUCCUGACGCUCGACGCCGCCGACCCGUCCAACCCGAUCCAAAUCGUGCAGACCUACUUCCUCCACACCGCGCCCUGCACCGCCGGUGCCUGGACCCCCGACGGCCAGCUGCUCGCCACCGUCAGCGAGGACAGCUCGCUGCACGUCUACGACGUGUGGGGCGCGGCCGCCGCCAAGUCCCUGGUCCUCGACAACGGCCAGACCGUCGUGUCGCUGACCGGCGCCGACCAGCGCUUCGCCGUCGAAGGCGGCCUCUACUCGCUCGCCAUCUCCCCCUCGGGCGGCAUCCUCGCCGCCGGCGGCGCCGCCGGCGCGAUCCGCAUCAUCAGCCUGCCCCGCCUCUCCCCACCCGCCACCAGCAGCAGCGCCCAAACCCAAGCCGGCGGCACCAUCCUUGCUUCGCUGGCCGUCCAGUCCGACAGCGUCGAGUCCCUCGCCUUCUCCCCCUCCCCAGCCACCCCCUUGCUCGCCGCGGGCUCGGUAGACGGCAGCAUCGCCGUGUUCGACGCGGCCCGCUCCUUUGCCGUGCGCCGGCACAUCCGCGGCGCCCACGACGGCGAGUCCGUCGUGAAAGUCGACUUCGUCCGCGCCGCCACCGCCCCCGGCACCGCCGGCUGGCUGCUCACCUCGUGCGGGCUCGACGGCGUCGUGCGGCGCUGGGACCUGCGCGGCGCCACCGCCGGCGGCGGGCAGGCGGCUGCGGCGGCUGCGGCUACGGCCGGGUUGGUGAAGGAGUGGAGGGGCCAUCGCGGCGGCGGGGCGGGCGGCGGCGUGCUGGGUUUCGUGCAGGGCGAGACGGGCGAGAGGAUAGUCACGGCCGGCGAUGACGGGUUGGUGUUGGUGUUUGAAGCGUGAGGUGGGUAAAAAAAUAGAAAAAGAAAACCAUGCAGGGGCAAAUAAGGGAUGUAGUUACCGGAGAAGAAGUUGUAUAUAAAGUGCACGGCCUGGCGUUCUGGGGGAUUUAGGUAGAAGUGUUAUUUGCUCCUGUCCUCGCUCCGGCUUACCACCCUCUGAGUGUUGGGACUGCUUCAAGAUGGCCGUCAUUCUUCAACUUGCCAGUCUCAAUCUCACAUCAGCCAGCCCAUUUCUUUCCUGCAAAGACCACCUCGACGCCACGACCUAAGAGCACAGAACACAUUUCAGUAUUCCUAACCGACAUUGCUAACCACCUACUUAACUAGCGCGUUGAGCUCUAUGCUUUCUAUGAAACCCAUUUUUUCCCCGCUGUUGAACUCCCGCUCCGCAUAUCCGGCCCCAGAUGGAUGGAUGCCUUUACAUCUAAACGCCCUGAAUUAUUUGUUGAAAUAAAAGCGAG